AUGCCGAUCCUCCCCACAGGCGCCUAUGUUAUCUACAACGAAGUAUUCGAGAUGGUGCUCCACGCAGAAUACGAUGCAGUCGAUCCGGAUGAUUCUAUCACACUCAAGGUUCGCGACGAAAAUAGAGCAGAUCUGGUGGGUGGAGCGCUGCCCGGAACCUGGUCAUCCGAGAGCAUUGGUGCGAAGCAGGAAAUGUGGUGUCUAGACGACGAUGGCGAAGACGACGAUGGUGAAGACGACGAUGGUGAAGACGACGAUGGUGAACCUGGGGUUCAGAUAAAGCUGUAUCAAACGGAUUUUGGCGGGGGUAGCAGCUAUGUUGAGCUGCACCUAGCUGUUGAAUUCACUUCUUAUACCACGCGGUUUACCGUGUAUAUGACCGAGGGCAUAGGGUUAUCCACCAAGCACGAUGCGAAUCUAAGCUGGAAGUUCCUAGCGCCAAAAACCAGGUUUCCAGCCGGCUGGUUCGAAAUUGGGAAUGUUCUUUACAACAAGAUUCUAAGACAAACAUAUCUGAGUUCACCGCCCCUACUUGUCGAGAUUCCGAAGUUAAACAACAAAUUAAAACUUCCAAUGUAUCGCGAGAGGUGGGCAACUCAGUGGAGAAUUUACCGAUCUCCUGCUCAUGCUAGCACCGAAACAAAAGAGGAAGACAAGGCAUAUCGUGUCCAAGCCAUCCCUUCCGGCUGUAAGACGUCCCCAUAUGAUGAGGAUAUGAAAUGGUGGUUCAGAAAUGUAUAUGACCACAACUGA